AUGAAAUUGCCAAAUCCAGUCUGGGAAAAUAAGUUCUUAUCUCAUAACAUAAGAAAUCAUUAACAUUUUAGUGGCUUGAUACAAAUGGAUUUUAAUGGUAAUACACUUGUUUCCCAAAACAACAACAUCAAAACAACAACAUCAUCAAAAAAAAUGUUAUAUUAGAAAACACAAUGAUUCCGAAAUAGGGGAAACUUUUGAGGAAUUUACACAUUAGCAUUAAUUAAACUACUUUCCCCCUAUUUUCAUUUCAUUUCCCUUGAGCUUUGGUGGAUACAAACCAAGAAAGAAAAACACCCAGAGCAGUUAUCCAUUUCUUUGAUGGUAAAUGCAAAAAUAUCUCUAUCCUUUUUGCUAUUAAAUAUGCUUUAUUUUAUGACUCACAGUCAAGUCAUACAAGCCUCUACCUCCCUUUGACCCAGACAAAAACUAUUCUGUGCUUGAACAACCCAAACUUUCUGUCUUCUUGUUGAAAAAAAAUGUAUCCACCAUGAAAUAUUAAUGAACAGAAAUCCUAGAUUCACCAUCACUGUGGUAGAACUCCAUCAGAUCUCUAUACUGAAUCGAUACACAACCUGAAGUAAGAGAGAGAAAGUGGGAAGAGAGGGCAGGAGGACAGUAAUGAGUGAGAGGAGAAAGGACAAAGGGCCAUGAUGAGAAAGUACAUGUUGACUGCAGAGAGAUGUUGACAGUAAGAGGACAUGAGCAUCAAACGAUGUAUGUAUACGUGUGUAUCAGAGAGAAAAUGAGAGGAAAAGAUGGAUAGACAAGGUUACUGUCAGCUGUAUUAAGGCUUAUAUGGAGAUGAAAUGACCAGCACGACAGGCAGAUUGUUGAAAGCAUCGCCUCUGAAUGAAUAAACAAACUGAUGAGAUUGAAACAACGCGCACACUAACAUGCACAGAUGCCUCAGCUUGUCUCGUUCUCAGAAAACAGUCAUGAGAGAAUACUCAGAGCUGCAAUAGUUUUCAGAGCUGCAGUGUGGAAUAGCAAACUAGGCUAAGACUGUAUUUAACAGUCGCUUUGAAAAGUCGAUAACUGACAGCGGGACAUCGUGAAAAACUAAUAUCUGACACGCCGGUGGAGUUCCAUGGGAAUGUCAUGAGAUGCAAAUGCUGCUGGCUCCGUGACAGCUACCAAUUACGCUGUUACUGUAUGUGAAAAGGGAAAGUGGGGCAAAUUUAAGUAGCUAUUAUUGAGACAUUUGUGCCUGUGUAUGUUUGUGCAUAUGUGUUUACUUGCAUAAGUCUGAGCCACAAAAGCAUUCAGCCAACAACGUAUAGAGCAAUAAACUGACCUUUAUAAUUGAAUGGAGCAAGUCAAAAGUGAACAUUCACACACAAACACCCAAAUGUGUUGUCUUUUAUAAGUGGAUGGUUCAUUUUUGGGGUAGUUGUUACCAGUAAUUAUCUGCUUUGGCUUCUAUGUUAAUGAUCAAACCACCUCAUUACUAUCUAGAACUGAUUCAAUGACACUUAUUAACACUAUACUGCGUUUAACAGCAGCACUGAACAAGGAAAUGUUAGCGAAAAGGCUUUAAACUAAGGGGUACCAUUAGCUUGUUAGCUAGCCAACACUGUUGAUUAUUCAACAUAAGCUCACAAACAUGUAGCUACUGUUUUUACUUACACUAUUUAGCUCUUUACUCCUUGUGAGAAAGAUGAGUUGGUGUUCGUCAUAUCAAGCACGUAUUGUGAAAAUAGAAUUUAACAAUUUCUAAAGCUGCCCAAUCUCAAAUAUUUGAGGCAGCACAUCUCUUCUCAAGUUGAAUGGUCAUGACGCCUCUGUGUCUGUUUGCAGUCUAAAGUGAUCAACUGUGACCUUGGCUUAAACUUAACCUAAUUUUUGGAUGUCCAUGGGAUCAAGUGAUAGUUCUUUAGCGAACAGAAAGUGUAAACAAGCACAUAAAUGUUCAUGGAGUAGAUAUCCUGCUCAUCUCUUGGCCCAAGCUGAGCAAGACGAGUUUCAUGCUGGUGUUCAGUCUCACUACAAAACAACAAUUCUCUUGUCAUGUUGUUAGAGCAGAGGUUUCUCACCACUUUCAGCAGCCGAUUUACUGCAGUGUCACCCUGGAAACCCAGCCUCAUUAAAACACGUCAUGUGGGGACCCAACUGAAAGUGGGGCACGUACCAGUCUGUCAGAAGUAGUGGUUUUAGAAAUGCUGAUUUAGAGUGCUGCUGUUAAAAAGGUCACGUCUCAUAUCGUCAGUGUACUAGAAAUGUUUUCAAGAGCUAAGAAAAGCACCCUGGAGCAGUGAUUUAGACAGAAAAUAUCUGUGUAUUUGGAGUAAAUAUAUGUUGUUUUUUGCUUUUUUAUCCUGUUAAUCAUCUAAAAACCCACCAAUUUGGGAACCACCGGCCUAGAUUAUUGCUUAGUAAGCUUAUAUUUUUGAAUGUGCUAAGCCCAGGGGCUCUACAUACUGUACACAUAAUCCUUCCACUGAAUUCAAACAAUAAAAUUGCCAAAACUGGAUUUUCAGGGUUGUACACAUCAAUAGCAAUGUGUUACCCAAUAUGUUAGGUCUGGCUUUCAAUUUGUGUAUCAUGACUUUGUAUGAUAUGAAUUUGUAAUACUGAGACUUCUUUUAAAGAGCUAUUUGAUGGCUAUUGAAUUGGAUCCACAAUGUGAAUCUCUAAUAUCAGUGUGAGUGUGUCACUGAUUCAUAAUUCAUUUUUUACUGUACUGUUACAUGAACUCAAACACAACUCCCACAAAAAAUCUAUAUAAAUCUCCAGGUCAUAAUUCCAAUAUAGCCUACUUUCCAUUUGCUUGUCUAUGUCGUUUAAGUAUUGAAAUUGUUUUUAUUAAGUAAUGUCAUAUUUCUCCCCCAGGCGAUGGACCUGUACUACCACAAUGAGUCAGACCUGGACAGCUACUGUUGCCCUGGCGACAACACUUUUAUGAAACAGAGGAGAAUGGGUCUGAACGACUUCAUUCAGAGGCUUGCCACAAACUCCUACGCCUGCAAGCAUCCUGAAGUUCAGUCUAUUCUGAACCUUAGUCCUCCUCAGGAUGCUGAGCUCAUGAACGCAAAUCCCUCUCCUCCUCCCAGCCCAUCCCAACAGAUCAACCUCGGUCCAUCCUCCAACCCUUCAGCUAAACCCAGCGACUUCCACUUCCUCAAAGUGAUCGGCAAAGGCAGCUUCGGCAAGGUCCUGCUCGCACGCCACCGUGCAGAUGACCAGUUUUACGCAGUCAAAGUCUUACAGAAAAAGGCCAUCCUCAAGAAGAAGGAGGAGAAACACAUCAUGUCAGAGAGGAAUGUGUUGCUAAAGAAUGUCAAGCACCCGUUCUUGGUGGGCCUGCACUACUCUUUUCAAACGGCAGACAAACUAUACUUCAUCUUGGACUACAUCAAUGGAGGAGAGUUGUUCUACCAUCUACAGAGAGAGCGCUGUUUCCUCGAGCCCAGAGCCAGGUUCUAUGCAGCAGAGAUCGCCAGUGCGCUGGGCUACCUCCACUCCCUCAACAUUGUCUACAGAGACCUGAAGCCAGAGAACAUCCUUCUGGACUCCCAGGGACACAUCAUCCUCACAGAUUUCGGCCUGUGCAAGGAGAACAUCGAACCCAACGGGACCACGUCAACCUUCUGCGGUACGCCAGAGUAUUUAGCUCCUGAGGUGCUACACAAGCAGCCAUAUGACAGGACAGUAGACUGGUGGUGUUUAGGAGCUGUUCUCUAUGAGAUGCUCUACGGCCUGCCUCCAUUCUACAGCCGUAACACAGCGGAGAUGUACGACAACAUCCUGAACAAACCGCUACAGCUGAAACCCAACAUUUCCAACGCAGCCAGACACCUGCUGGAGGGCCUGCUGCAGAAAGACCGAACCAAGAGGCUGGGCUGCACAGAGGACUUUAUUGAAAUUAAGAACCACAUCUUCUUCUCCCCCAUCAACUGGGAUGACCUCAACUCCAAGAAGAUCACCCCUCCCUUCAACCCCAACGUGACGGGACCCAACGACCUGCGGCACUUUGAUCCAGAGUUCACAGAUGAGCCGGUGCCCAGCUCCAUCGGUUGUUCCCCCGACAGCGCGCUUGCCACAGCCAGCAUCAAAGAGGCUGCAGAGGCCUUCGUUGGCUUCUCCUACGCCCCUUCUAUGGACUCCUACCUAUAGGAUUUAAACAAGGCACUCAAUGUGAACUCGUAUUUAGACUUACAGGACAUGAACUUGUGCCGUGUCCAUGCACUUGCAUCUUGACCGCACCCCACAUUUCCUUUCAGGAUGGUGGAUAUUUCCGAACCAACCCCUGCAACAACUCUGCAUCUACAAAGACCCUGCGUUUAUACAUGAUACAUGUGUACUUGCCAUAAUCUCUCCAACUCUUGAAUGCAUUUAAGAAGCUACAAGAGGAUGCCUGCCAUAAUUGAAUGACAUUGGGGUUGAAAUGCAAUCCAUCUUACCCUGAUUUACCAACGCACAAAAAUUCUUCAACCUUCCACAACAGACAAAAACCUUACGACACUUCAGCCUAUGAUUUACCAUCUUCUACCCAAUUUUGGAGGUCCUUUGCACAUAGCUCAGGCAGCUUAUAAGCCCCCCUCGACCCUGAAGCCACAACUGACAAGCACACACACCAACCUCCAUCUUUUCUCAAAAGAGGAAGGCUGGAUCAUACCAGCCGUGUAAAGGAUUUGCAUCUGCAUCCAUGUAGCGAAACAUCUUCCCUCUUUUGACAUUCUGUCCACCACCCAUGGGGACCUACUUUUACCUGAGUAGCUUGGAGACGACAUUCAUUUUGGUGCUUUAGUGUCUUCUCAUUUACCUUCUGUGUGAUUGAAAAAGGGAGUCAUUUGAAGCUGAAUGUUACAGAGGGGGACGUCUUAUUUCUCUCAAAGGUGCCUUUAUUUUUUUCUCUCCAUCAGAUUUCACAUCUUUUGGGUUUGUCUGUGUCCAAGUUAGUGUCACUGAGUUGCGUUUCAUCUACUCUGCACCUGACUGCAGGUGGGAGGAGUUGGGUUUUUUUUUUUUUAACUCACCAGAGAGGAACGAUGUAGCACUGACUUAAUACACCUGUUCUGUCUUUAACAUGUAAGACGUGGGAACUCAUUUGAUGUGUCAUAUCUUCAUUUGCACAUAAAACAAUAAUGCUGAUAGAGAGAGAGAGAAUGAGAGCACUGCUGCUAUAUCAUAGGUGAGAAAGAGAGUGAUGUGUUCAGAAGUGUUUGUGUAGUUCUGCUUGCCAACUGCGUCCCCCUCAUAUAGUCUUCCAUUUGCCUCACAAUAAUGCAACGGCGGCCUGCCGCCGGCCCAACGACAUCGAAACUGAACAUUCCAUUUUAAUAUUGCUGUAAUGCAGUUUGACGGUAUUUAAGUUUGUUUGUAUAUUUGGAGUUAUGUGUACUACUUUUAAUGUAUAUUGAACAAAAAAUGACUAAAGGUAUGCUUAAAUAUGUAUAUGUAACAAUUCAUGUUAAAUGUACUGUAAAUUGUAAAAUUGUUUAAGAUUUAUGUG